CAUCCUAAUUAGAUGCAAAAGAACCGAGUGAUUAGGCCUCAAUUAUGCAUCAUAUUAUGCUGAUUUGGCAAAAUUUGGUGUCAACCAUUUAGAACUCAACCCGUCCGAAACAAAACAAGAGCAACCCCAGACCUUGUUUCUUACUGUGUCUCUCUAAUAAACCAAGAAAACAAGCAAAUCUUAGUUCCAACAUUAAAAAGAUCAUAUUUUUUAAGAAAGAUUGGUCUAGAUUGUGGGUUUGUUGAGUUUUUAGGAAAUAAUUGAAGAAUUCUGGAGGAAUUAACAGAAAGAGCAGUGUUGAUGGAUUUGCAAAAGGAGCAAGAAAGAGAAAGGCGUCGAUUACGGGACAGGCAAAGAAGGCAAGCAAUGAGUGUUGAAGAGAGGGAAAAACAUCUUGCGAGACGACGUAGAAACUAUCAGUUGCGGAGACAAAGAGCGCGAAAUGUGAGAGACCCUCAGGCCAGUCUUGUGGAUAGUGACGAAAUGCUUAUGCUCCCUAGUAACGGGAAUAAUCAAGCAGUAAUCUCUGUUCCUGUCCAAUCUAAUGGAAUUUCUGAUGUCGAUUUGGAUCAAAGACAAGGAAGUGUAAAUGCAGGCAAUGCAAAUUCUGUGGCAGGUUUGGAAAUUCCAGCACAUAAGUUAGCUAAAUUACCUAUAAGGUCACGUCUAAACCAUAUAAAGCACCUUGCUCGGUCACUGGCUGAUACUCUGGAUAUUGGUGAUAGUCACAAAAUUACAGGAGAUUUGACAAUGACUGGAUACGCAACUUCCAACUGCACACCACCAAAACCAUUACGAUUGAAUCGUGUCAAGCAUCUUGCACGGGUUUUAAGCUCUGAUGUAACAUCGACAACAGUCCCAGAUCGCAUCGGUGAAACAAAGGUGGAACAGAAUCUGUCAAGUGGACAACAUCUGAUGAGUAUCAAUCUGCCUAAAGUUGUUCAGACUAUCAACGCUAGUGGUGGAGAUGAAUGACUCUGCUCCACUGGUAACGAUCAUGAAUAAUUUUACAUGGUACUUGCUGGUUAGGGCACACUUUUCAUAUACAAGAGAACCAUGGCUGGAGAUUUAAUGAGUUUUUUCCUGUUUAUUUCACUGUACUUCUCCCCUGGGGAAUUGAAGAAGGAAGCUUUUUCUCAGACACAUACAAGGGAUGGAAUUUUCCAAGCUCCUUAAAGUUUUUCAAAUCGAAUAUAAUGUGAGCACAAAGAACAAGGGUUGAGCUUAUGUGAGGGAUGAGAAGGAUUAAUUAGCCGGUUCAAAUAUUAAAGGUCAAGGGAUGGCUGGUAUUUUUUACAUUCUCUGCGUGUGAUUGAUCAUAUGGCCUAAAGAACAACUGCACCUUUCUAAAUAUAAUUAUUCCAGAAACAAGUUAUAAAUGACUGCUUAUCUGCAAAACGUGAAGCAUGCAUUGAAUAUAUUGGUGAUUUUUGAAUUUUCAAAUUGCAACAUAGAUUAAUUGCUUUACAAGUUAAUGAUAGUCCCAAUUCAUUUUGAGGGGUAAUGGAAGAAAAAACAAAAAAGAUGCACCUUGCAAUUGAUUGUUGAUGCCAACAUGCUUAAUUUUGAACUUCUCAUUGAAAACUGAUGGUGGGUUGGGCAACUCUUGUUAGAGGCUUGUACUACACAGCACACAGAGUUCAUCAAUAAUUCUCAAUCUAGACUAACCACACUGCUGUUUUUCUUGUUAUCCUGCAGAUCGAGGACAGAACAAGCAGAGGAUGCUACAGAAAGAACAUUGUAGAUAUCGAAUUGGACAAAGUUGGUGAAUUUUAGAUUAGAGGAUAGUUUGGAAGGCCUCCAACUGGAGCUGGAGUGUAUUUUUCUUUUUCAUUUUUUCGUCUAGGAUGUUUAAAAAGAAAGGAGUUUUAGAAGCCUUAAACACCAUCUUCAUCCAUUUUUGAUGUAAUGAGGUUUGCUUUGCAAAUCCAUUAUUCGGGUUGCAUUGAUUCUUUUAAGAAAGCUUUGUUGUUUUGUAGUU